AUGACCACGCAGAGCGACCCGCGCCGUGACGAUGCCGAGACGGGCGACAUCAAAAGAGCGGCGGAUACAUACUAUGAUGAUCAGGCUGGACUAGAAAAAGCCGUCAACGAGCAGACUAACGUGGGAAAUCUGCAGCGACGCCUGAAAUCGCGACAUGUGCAGUUCCUCGCGCUAUCUGGAGCGAUUGGAACUGGUCUUUUCGUGGGCACAGGCCAGGUGCUCUCCCUGGCCGGACCCCUUUCAGCAUUUCUGGCAUAUCUCAUUACCGGCUUCAACCUGUACGCAGUCAUCAACAGCAUGGGUGAAAUGGCAACAUGGCUUCCCCUGCCAGGUGCAGUGCCUGUAUAUGCGGCAAGAUUCGUGGAUGAGGCCUUGGGUUUUACAUUGGGCUGGAAUUAUUGGUAUCAGUUUGCCAUCGGGGUCCCGAUUGAGAUCAGUGCCGCGGCAUUGGUCAUUGUCUACUGGCCCAAUGGCGUGGCACCGGCGGUUUGGAUUACAAUACUUUACGUCGCUAUUUUUGCCGCCAAUUGCCUUCCCGUGAGGGUGUAUGGCGAGCUGGAAUUCGUCUUGGGAUCGAUCAAACUCACAACGAUUGUGGGCCUAAUGCUGUUGAUGCUGGUCAUCACCCUUGGAGGCGCUCCCACACAUGACCGCAUCGGCUUUCACUUUUGGAGAGACCCAGGACCAAUGAGUCAAUAUCUGGAGACCGGAUCAUUAGGCCGCUUUUUGGCUUUUUGGAAGGUAUUUAUCCAAGCAACGUUCAGCUAUGGCGGGAGUGAAAUGGUGGUCGUGGCGGCUGGAGAGACCGAGAAUCCUCGGCGGAAUAUCCCUAAAGCAGUCCGCCGGGUGUUCUGGAGAAUUGCCAUCUUUUACGUGGGCAGUGUCUUCCUAGUUGGCAUGUGCGUUUCAUCUCGGGAUCAUCGCUUAUUGAACGCCAUUGAGUCGGGGUCGUCGACCGCCGGUGCCAGUCCUUUCGUGAUCGCGAUCGAAAAUGGAGGCAUCCGCGCACUGCCCUCCAUUAUUAACGCCGUGAUCCUGACAUCUGCUCUAUCGGCUGGAAACUCCUUCUUCUAUGCAUCAACAAGAAUUCUGUAUUCCACGGCAGUAGAUGGAAAGGCACCCCGGAUUCUACAAUAUGAGAAGUUCGGAGUGCCUUAUGGAUGCGUGCUAGUAACCGCAGCACUCAGCCUGCUAGUCUACCUGAAUGUGUCGUCAAGCUCAGCUGAGGUGUUCUUUUGGAUCAGCAAUCUCAGCUCUGUCAGCACACUGAUAGUGUGGACGUCGAUCUCGCUAACUUACGUUCGUUUCUACCAAGGUCUGAAGCAUCAUGGAAACCAGCGGUCAUCUCUUCCUUACAAAUCUCCUUUCCAACCAUACUUGGCAUAUUUUGCAAUGGCAUUUUCCUCCACGGUCGCCAUUUUCAACGGGUUCGAUGCCUUCUUUCCAGGACACUUUACUGCGAAGACUUUCGUCCCUCCUUACAUUGACAUUCCCAUCUUUGCCUGUCUGUUCUUGGGAUACAAGUUUAUUAAAGGUACAACUGUUGUCAAAGUAAAGGAUAUGGACCUUUGGUCUGGCAAAGAAGAGGCCGAUGAGCUGGAAUCGACAUGGGAAGAGCCAAAACCGAGGAAUUUUCUUGAGAGAAUCUGGUUUUGGAUCGCAUGA